AAAUGGCUAUUGCCGUGGAGGACGUAGGGUCACCAGUGAUCCGUACAGAGCAGCGACAUCAAAAGUUGAAGGGCGACGCUUUUCCCAUCUGUGUCUCGCUGCAGUCGCCUCGGAUCACAGGUGGCUCUGAGCCCUACAUUGAAAUGUUUGAACAACCCAGGCAAAGGGGCAUGCGUUUCAGAUACAAAUGUGAGGGAAGAUCAGCAGGCAGCAUUCCAGGAGAACACAGUACUGAAAACAAUAAGACGUUCCCUUCCAUACAGAUUCUGAACUAUUUUGGCAAAGUCAAAAUAAGAACUACAUUGGUAACAAAGAACGAACCCUACAAGCCACACCCUCAUGAUCUGGUUGGAAAAGACUGCAGAGAUGGCUACUACGAAGCAGAGUUUGGGCCAGAACGGCGAGUCCUGUCUUUUCAGAAUUUGGGCAUUCAGUGUGUGAAGAAGAAAGACCUGAAGGAAUCAAUUUCUUCACGAAUCUUGAAGAAGAUUAACCCUUUCAAUGUCUUUCCUUUGCCGUUUCCCCUUUCCGCCCGCGAGCGGCUGACCCCGCAUUGGCUUUGCACUCGUCACAGUCUCCACGACACCCCCUGCACGCCUCCGCGCCGCGCCCGGGCUCGUCCCCACACCGGUCGCGCUCGCUUGCCACCCACGCACGCAGUCACCCUCUCCGCAGCUUCCCUUGCUGGCG